AUGGCUUCACAGUCAACAUUACGUUAUUCCGAUCCUAUCGGCGUGCUUUAUCAGAAAUAUGCGAAUCUCAUUCGUAGUCGAAUUCAGGGAGCCUCGAAAACAACAAAACUUCUAGGAACAUUGUUCCUUACCCUUUCUAUAAUAUGCGGAGGUACUUUGGGUCAUCGAUGGUGGCAUAAACGAGCAGCAGAAAAGGAGCAAGGGAAGAGAUUACACCGGCGGAAUUCUGGACUCAAGAAUAAAGAUGGUUCAAGGGUGGUGUUUGUACCAUAUAAAGACACAACCUCGAAAGUCACCAUAUAUCCUACAAAGCCGAUGACUUUCGAUGCUCAUAGAAGACUUUUCCUAAACCCACCCCGAGCUGCUGGGCUUACGGAUGGUCAACAAACUCCGCAGAUUCCACCUCCGCAAACGAAGCCAGGAUUGAAUUUGGCUUUCUUGCAUCAAUUCCUUAGCCUUUUGAGUAUAAUGAUACCAAGAUGGUCUAGUAAGGAAACUGGUUUACUUCUUAGCCAUGGCAUCUUCUUGAUGCUUCGAACCUAUUUGUCUUUAGUUGUGGCACGAUUGGAUGGCGAGAUUGUUCGAGAUUUGGUUGCAGGUAAUGGAAAAGCGUUCAGUUGGGGUAUCAUAAAGUGGUGUGGCAUUGGAGGCUUCGCUUCUUACACGAAUGCUAUGAUCAAGUUCCUCCAAUCCAAAGUUUCAAUCGCUUUUCGCACUCGAUUAACUAGAUACAUUCACGAUCUGUACCUUAACGAUAAUCUCAACUACUACAAAUUAUCAAAUCUUGAUGGUGGAGUUGGGCAAGGUGCGGAUCAAUUUAUUACACAAGACCUGACUCUCUUCUGUGCAUCAGCAGCAAGUCUAUAUUCCUCAUUAGGCAAACCUUUCGUUGAUCUGUGUGUUUUUAACUAUCAACUCUACCUAUCUCUUGGACCUUUGGCUUUGACUGGCCUAAUGGCAAACUACUUUUUGACUGCUUCAAUCCUUCGAAGACUUUCACCACCGUUUGGAAAGUUAAAGGCUGUCGAAGGACGUAAAGAAGGGGAUUUUCGAGGACUCCAUGCUCGCCUCAUCGCAAAUGCGGAAGAGGUGGCAUUCUAUGGAGGCGCUAAUAUGGAGAAGAACUUCUUAGACAAAGAGUUCAGAAGUCUCAAAAUAUGGAUGGAAGGAAUAUAUACCCUUAAGAUCCGCUACAACAUACUGGAAGAUUUCGUUCUCAAGUACAGUUGGAGCGCAUAUGGCUACUUGUUAAGUUCAUUGCCAAUAUUCCUUCCCGCAUGGGGUGGCCUUGGUGGAGUUCAAGAAUUGGCGGACAUUUCCGUGGUUGGUGGUAGAGAAAGAGGUCGGAUGAAGGAUUUCAUCACCAACAAAAGGCUCAUGUUGUCAUUAGCCGAUGCUGGUGGUCGCAUGAUGUAUUCGAUUAAGGAUCUCUCGGAAUUGGCUGGAUAUACCAGUCGAGUCUAUACACUCAUAUCAACUCUUCAUCGGGUUCAUGCAAACGCAUACUUUCCUCCACGAACUUCUCAAAAUGAGCUUUUCUCUCUCUCGGACGUACAGGGAACAACACAGAAAGGAUUUGAUGGCGUGCGUCUAGAAAACGUACCUGUGGUCGCUCCAUCCAUAUACCCUCAUGGUGGAGAAGAACUUAUAGAAUCUCUCUCCAUGGUCGUUCACUCUGGAGAACAUCUACUUAUCUCCGGCUCGAACGGCGUAGGGAAAAGCGCCAUAUCCCGCAUUGUCGCCGGUCUCUGGCCUGUCUACAGGGGCCUCGUAAGCCGCUCCCGGACAACCGGUACCGAUGGAAUAAUGUUUCUCCCUCAACGUCCCUACCUUAGCAUAGGCACUCUUCGCGAUCAAGUCAUCUACCCCGAUGGUGAAUUCGAAAUGCGCUCCAAAGGCCGUCGCGAUAUCGAAUUGAAACAUGUUCUCGAUGAAGCACGUCUGGGCUAUCUCCCCGAUCGCGAAGGCGGUUGGGAUACGAGGAAAGAAUGGAAGGAUGUGUUGAGUGGAGGUGAAAAACAAAGGAUGGCGAUUGCGAGGCUGCUGUAUCAUGAACCUAGAUAUGCAUUUAUUGACGAGGGCACAAGUGCCGUCUCCAGCGACGUCGAAGGAUUAUUAUAUGAAACUUGCAAGGAGAAAGGAAUCACGCUUAUCACGAUCAGUACAAGAGCAAGCUUAAAGAGAUACCAUACAUUUAAUUUGAAAUUGGGUCUAGGGGAUGAAGGAUCAGAGUGGGAAUAUGAGAGGAUCGGGACGGAGAGAGAAAAAAUGGGGGUAGAGAAAGAAUUGCAGGAAUUGAGAGAGAGGAUGGAGAUGGAAAGUCAAUGGGAAGAGAGGAUGAAGAGGAUUGAGGGGGAAUUGGAAGAGGUUUGGGUGGAGGGUGGUGAGGUUUUGGAGAAACCGGAGUUUACUGAUAUUGAGGAGAAGGAUGGGGUAAGGGAUGGAGAUGUAGACGGAGAUGGAGACGGGGAUUUUGAGGUGGAAGUUAAGGAUGGAGGGGCGGUGAUAUAA